AUGCUUAAUGGCGGUCGCGACAAAAUGGGUCUUCCAAAUGAUUACCCAGAUUCGAGUGGACCACUUGAAGGUGGUGCAUUACCGCGUGAUGCUCAAGUUUCUCUUGGAAAGUUUCCUGCAUUCGUGCAAGAGUUUGCUUGGCGCAACGCAUCAUUGACUAAAAAAUUGACGCUGAAGUUGACAGCUGUGGCGGAUGACGAUGAUAGAGAUGGUGAUGGUGAUGGUGAUGGUAUCAGUGUUGCUGUAGCUGUUGGUGGCGUUGCUGUUCACAGCAUAAUGAUGUUGCUGCCAAGAAGCAUGAUUGUGGCAUAUCCCAUUAUUCAAUUUUUCUAUCACGACUUCCCGAAGACCCAUCAGACAACGACACGCAAAAAAAUCUACAAAAGCUGUCUGGUGUGCGACACUUGCAUACGCGAGCUGAUGGUACUCGACGUUCCGCCCCAGAAACGAUUCCCGGCUGAUAACUUUGCCGAAUGGAAUAAUGGACAUCCGUUGGGGUUGCGAACCGUACAUGCAUAUGUUUUAGUAUUCGAUAUGGGCAACUUGGAAACGUUUCAGUACUGCCGUGCGAUGAGAGAGCAAAUAUUGGAUAGUUUUAGUCAUCGUGAUUUUAGUAUAAUAGUAAUUGGUAAUAAAUACGAUACGGUCACCGAGGUGCUGGCUACUUCACAGGAGCUGAAGGAUAUUUCAACGCUAGUGCGCAAACAUUGGCGCUGUGGCUAUGUGGAAUGUUCAGCCAAAUAUAACUAUAAAAUUGGCGAUGUAUUCCGAGAACUAAUGGGCUGUACGAGCACCGGUGCCAUUGUCAGCGAAUUCACACAAUCAACUAGGAAUAAAGGUCGUUGCACAAUACUUUAGCGUUAUCUGCACAAAUUCUUUAGAGAGAGCAUAUGAGGCGCAGUAAACGUAAGAGAGCUGCAGCUGCAGGCGCUCUUAGCCAACAUAAAAUCGCCCACAGCAAUCAAAAUCUAACGAAACGCCGCCAUAAUUGCAAAGCAAUAAAGUUCAGAAAUCCACCUUUAAUUCAAAAUUAGCAGCUGUAAGCCCUCAUCAAUGCGGAUUGGUAAUAUGUAAUACAUACAUAUAUAUAUUUACAAGUAGAUAUGGGCAAGUAGGCAAUAGAUUUAGAUAAAACUAUUCGAAAAGCAGUUUUUGUAGAAGAAAAAGUCAAAUAAUGUGAAAUUUAAUAAAGAAGUGGGACCACAAAAGCUACUCUUGAUUAGUUAAAAAUUGCCUAAUUUGCUACUAUUUACCAAACAAACCAAAAACAAAACAAAUCAGAAAAAAU